GCAGAGCGACAGGCAGCGAGAAGGCAGGCGAGAGUCGGAGAGUAAGACUCGCAGAAGUAGAGUGGCAACGGUGGAGUCCGGUGGGUUUGAAGUUGAACGCGAAGGGAAAGAGAAGUGUUGUCUUGGUCCCGCGAUCGCAAUCGGGGCUCGAUAUCGCAACGCGGCGUAUUUGAGGGAGUGACCGACCGGUUGUCCGAAGGAAGCGUCGCGUGAACCGGCGGGUAAAAAUCGUUCGUAUUUUAAACGGGGGAAAAACGGUGUUCGUGCGGCUACUGGCGCAUUGUCGCGCUAAACAAAAAUGGCGGACGGCGACUCGAGGGUGGACCGGUCUGAUCCCGAGCUGAAAUACCUCUCCGUUGAUAGGAACAGCUUCAACGAUCCGGCCACGCAGGCGGAAUGGACGCAGAAGAAACUUGUCUGGGUGCCGCACGAGUCCCAGGGAUUCGUUGCCGCCGGUAUAAAGGGCGAACGCGGCGACGAAGUCGAGGUCGAGGUCGCCGAGACCGGGAAACGCGUACUAGUCGCCAAAGAUGACAUACAGAAGAUGAAUCCGCCGAAAUUUGACAAGGUCGAGGACAUGGCUGAGUUGACCUGUCUCAACGAAGCGUCCGUGCUCCAUAACCUCAAAGAUCGCUACUACUCGGGACUGAUUUACACCUACUCCGGCCUCUUCUGCGUCGUCGUGAAUCCCUACAAGAGACUGCCGAUUUAUACAGAGAAAAUAAUGGAGAGGUAUAAGGGUAUAAAACGUCACGAAGUACCGCCGCACGUUUUCGCCAUAACCGAUACGGCCUAUCGUUCGAUGCUUCAAGAUCGGGAGGAUCAGGCGAUUUUAUGCACGGGUGAAUCCGGUGCCGGUAAAACAGAGAACACGAAAAAGGUGAUCCAGUAUUUGGCAUACGUGGCUGCCUCCAAACCAAAAUCAAACGCGACUCCAAGUCCGGCGUUGAUCAUUUCACCUACAGGGACGCUUACGGAAAAAUUUUCGGGUGAACUGGAACAACAAUUACUGCAAGCCAAUCCCAUCUUGGAGGCCUUUGGAAAUGCGAAAACUGUCAAGAAUGACAAUUCAUCACGUUUUGGAAAAUUCAUCAGGAUCAACUUUGAUGCAUCUGGUUACAUUGCCGGAGCCAACAUCGAAACUUACCUCCUUGAAAAAUCCAGGGCUAUCCGUCAGGCCAAGGACGAGAGAACCUUCCACAUAUUUUAUCAACUUCUAGCCGGCGCCUCACCUGAACAGAAAAAGGAAUUCAUUCUGGAAGAUCCCAAAAACUAUCUCUUCCUGUCCAACGGAUCGCUGCCAGUGCCUGGCUUUGACGAUUCUGCCGAGUUUCAGUCGACGGUAAAAUCAAUGAACAUAAUGGGCAUGACGAGCGAAGAUUUUUCAUCGAUAUUCAGAAUUGUGUCGGCGGUGAUGUUGUUCGGGUCGAUGCAGUUUCGACAGGAGAGAAAUUCCGACCAAGCGACACUCCCCGACAAUACCGUCGCCCAGAAAGUUUCUCACUUGUUGGGUCUGAGCGUGACAGAAAUGACGAAGGCAUUCCUCAAACCGAGAAUCAAAGUCGGCAGAGACUUUGUGACCAAAGCGCAGACAAAAGAACAGGUCGAAUUUGCGGUCGAGGCCAUUUCCAAAGCCUGCUACGAGAGAAUGUUCAGAUGGCUUGUCAACAGGAUAAAUAGAUCCUUGGACAGAACGAAGCGACAGGGAGCAAGCUUCAUCGGCAUACUGGAUAUGGCUGGUUUUGAAAUAUUCGAAUUGAAUUCCUUCGAACAGUUGUGCAUCAACUACACCAACGAGAAACUGCAGCAACUGUUCAACCACACCAUGUUCAUCCUCGAGCAGGAAGAGUAUCAGCGAGAAGGUAUCGAGUGGAAGUUCAUUGAUUUUGGCCUCGAUCUCCAGCCGACAAUCGACCUUAUCGACAAACCUAUGGGCAUAAUGGCUCUGCUCGACGAAGAAUGCUGGUUCCCGAAAGCAACGGACAAAACGUUCGUUGAAAAAUUGGUCGGAGCUCACAGCGUUCAUCCGAAAUUCAUGAAGACCGAUUUCCGCGGUGUCGCAGAUUUCGCGAUAAUUCAUUACGCUGGUAAGGUCGAUUAUUCGGCCGCCAAAUGGCUCAUGAAGAAUAUGGAUCCUCUGAACGAAAACGUCGUCAGUCUUUUGCAGCAGUCUCAGGAUCAGUUUGUGUGCCACAUUUGGAAGGAUGCAGAAAUCGUUGGAAUGGCGCAGCAAGCCCUCACCGAUACGCAGUUCGGGGCGAGAACUCGGAAAGGAAUGUUCAGGACCGUUUCUCAGCUGUACAAAGAACAGUUGGCCAAGCUUAUGGUCACUCUGCGUAACACGAAUCCGAACUUCGUCAGAUGCAUUAUACCGAAUCACGAGAAACGGGCUGGAAAAAUUGACGCUCCUCUCGUACUUGAUCAGCUGAGAUGCAACGGUGUUCUCGAAGGAAUUCGUAUAUGCCGUCAAGGCUUCCCCAACAGAAUACCCUUCCAGGAGUUCAGGCAACGCUACGAGCUCCUCACUCCCAAUGUUAUUCCAAAAGGAUUUAUGGAUGGCAAAAAGGCUUGUGAAAAAAUGAUUCAAGCCUUGGAAUUGGAUCCGAAUCUUUACCGCGUUGGUCAGUCGAAGAUAUUUUUCCGUGCAGGAGUGCUGGCGCAGCUUGAGGAGGAAAGAGAUUACAAAAUCACUGAUCUGAUUGUGAAUUUCCAGGCGUUCUGUCGCGGUUUCUUGGCCCGCAGGAAUUAUCAAAAACGUUUACAACAGUUGAACGCUAUACGUAUUAUACAGAGGAACUGUGCAGCGUACUUGAAACUUCGCAACUGGCAAUGGUGGAGGUUGUACACGAAGGUUAAGCCACUUCUUGAAGUUACCAAGCAAGAGGAAAAGCUCACGCAGAAGGAAGAUGAGCUGAAACAAGUCCGGGAUAAGCUUGAGAUGCAGCUUCAUUCGGCUCAAGAGUACGAGCGAAAGUAUCAGAUGGCUAUUGAGGAAAAAACGGUUCUAGCCGAACAGUUGCAGGCUGAAGUCGAGCUCUGUGCCGAAGCUGAGGAAAUGAGGGCGAGACUUGCUGCGAGAAAACAGGAGCUGGAAGAAAUAUUACACGACUUGGAGGCUCGGAUAGAAGAGGAAGAGGAACGAAGCACCGGCCUAACGCAAGAAAAGAAAAAGUUGCAGUUAAACAUAAGUGAUCUUGAAGAACAAUUAGAGGAGGAAGAGGCUGCUAGGCAAAAGUUACAGCUUGAAAAGGUUCAGUGUGAUGCUAAAAUAAAGAAGCUCGAAGAAGAUCUUGCGCUGUCGGACGAUACUAAUCAAAAAUUGCUCAAAGAAAAGAAGAUUCUUGAGGAGAGAUCCAACGAUUUGUCGCAAACUCUUGCCGAGGAAGAGGAGAAGGCUAAGCAUCUUUCGAAAUUGAAAGCAAAACACGAGGCGACAAUCGCCGAUCUUGAGGAAAGAUUGCUCAAGGAUCAUCAGCAGCGACAAGAGGUGGACAGGUCUAAGCGUAAGGUAGAAACCGAAGUUUCGGACUUGAAAGAACAGCUCACUGAGCGUAGGACGCAGUUCGAGGAGCUUCAAUUACAGCUGGGUAAACGCGAGGAAGAGUUAGCUCAGGCUAUGAUGAAAAUCGACGAGGAAGGAGCUGCCAAAGCACAGGCUCAGAAAGCUCUCAGGGAACUGGAAUCGCAACUCGCAGAAUUACAGGAAGACUUGGAGGCUGAAAAAAUAGCCAGAAGUAAGGCAGAGAAAUUGAAACGAGACCUUAACGAGGAAUUGGAGGCCUUGAAAAACGAGUUACUCGACUCUUUGGACGUUACAGCGGCACAACAGGAACUUAGAGGUAAAAGGGAACAAGAAUUAGCGACGUUAAAGAAAAAUCUUGAAGAAGAGACAUCCAUGCAUGAAGGUACUUUGGCCGAUAUGCGCCAUAAACAUUCUCACGAAUUGACGGUAAUUAACGAGCAGAUGGAUGCGCUGAAGAAGGCUAAAGUCGCUUUAGAAAAGGCAAAGUCGACCCUGGAAGCUGAGAAUGCCGAUCUAACCACCGAACUAAGGUCCGUUGGUGCGAGUAGACAGGAAUCUGACCGAAGGCGCAAACAAGCCGAACAACAGUUAGCCGAAUUAAAUGCUAAAGUUACGGAAGUUGAGAGGGCCAAACAGGAACUGGCUGAAAGAGCUGCAAAAUUGCAGCAGGAAGCGGAGAGUGUUUCUCAACAGCUGGAAGCUGCCGAAUUGAAGGCGUCCGCUGCACUGAAAGCGGCCACCACUUGCGAGUCGCAAUUUGCCGAGAUUCAACAGCAACUAGAAGAGGAGACAAGGCAAAAACUUGCCCUCAGUUCCAAGCUGAGAGCACUUGAAGGCGAAAAGGAGAGUCUUCAAGAGCAGUUGGACGAGGAGGAGGAAGCCAAACGAUCUUUGGACAAGCAAGUACAAAGUCUGACCAUAUUGUUAGCCGAGGCAAAGAAACGUGGCGACGAGGAGGCCGAGGCUGCGGUGGCUUUGGAAGAGGCGAGAAAACGCUGUUUGAAAGACAUCGAAGCCCUUCAAAGGCAAGUUGAGGAACUACAAGCGGCAAACGACAAAUUGGACAAGUCUAAGAAGAAGAUUCAAGCUGAAUUGGAAGACAGUAAUAUCGAGCUGGAAGUACAGCGGGCGAAGGUGAUGGAGCUGGAAAAGAAACAGAAGAACUUUGACAAGGUACUUGCGGAAGAAAAGGCGAUAUCUGAACAGUAUGCUGAACAACGUGACGCCGCUGAACGGGAAGCGCGAGAAAAGGAAACCAGGGUACUUUCGUUGACUCGUCAAUUGGACGAGAUGAAUGAUAAGGUUGAAGAGCUUGAGCGGGGCAGACGGGGACUUCAGGCUGAGCUCGACGAACUGGUGAACAACCAGGGUACCGCCGACAAGAACGUACACGAGCUCGAGAAAGCUAAACGCGCACUCGAAUCCCAGUUGGCUGAGCAAAGAUCUCAAGUUGAGGAGAUGGAGGACGAGCUUCAGUUUACCGAAGACGCAAAGUUGCGACUAGAGGUAAACAUGCAGGCACUUAGGGCGCAAUUUGAACGUGAUCUCCAAGCCAAAGAGGAACAGGCUGAAGAAAAACGUAGAGGUUUGGUCAAGCAGUUGCGAGAUCUCGAAGCCGAACUUGAGGAUGAGAGGAAGCAGCGUGCUGCAGCCAUUGUACAGCGUAAAAAGAUGGAAGCCGAUUAUAAGGACAUUGAACAACAGUUGGAAAUGCAUAACAAGGUCAAGGAAGAUGCUCUUAAACAGCUUAAGAAACUUCAGGCACAGGUCAAAGACUGUGCAAGAGAAACCGAGGAAGCCAGAGCUGCGCGAGAUGACUUGGCCGCUAGCGCCAAGGAAACUGAGAGAAAAGUCAAGAGUUUAGAAGCCGAACUUAUGCAACUCACUGAAGAUUUGGCAAGCAGCGAAAGAAAUCGGCGUACUGCUGAGAGCGAGAGGGAUGAAUUUCAAGAGGAAAUCAACAACAAUGCCAAUAAGGGUACCUUGCUACUAGACGAAAAACGUAGAUUGGAAGCGAGAAUUGCGACCUUAGAAGAAGAGCUGGAGGAGGAGCAAUCUAACAGUGAGAUUCUGAUGGACCGAGCCAGGAAAGGACAGAUCAAUAUUGAACAGCUUACGACAGAUUUGGCGACGGAACGUUCGACGACCCAAAAACUUGAAACUCACAGAAUGUUACUGGAGAGGCAGAACAAAGAAUUGAAGGCGAAAUUGGCUGAGCUGGAAACUGCACAACGUACAAAAACCAAAGCAACGAUUCAAGCUUUGGAGUCGAAGAUAAAUAAUCUUGAUGAACAGCUCGAAGCUGAAGGCAAAGAACGAUUUGCACAGCAGAAAAUCAACAGAAAGUUAGACAAGAAGUACAAGGAGGUGGUUAUACAGCUCGAGGAUGAGCGAAGAAACGCUGAUCAAUAUAAGGAACAGGUUGAAAAGGUCAAUGUAAGAAUGAAGGCUUUGAAGAGACAGCUAGAUGAAGCUGAGGAAGAAGUAACUAGAGAAAAAACUCAGAAACGAAAGGCACAACGGGACUUGGAGGACAUGAUGGAGUCUCACGAAUCGCUGACUCGUGAGGUUGCCAACUUGAGGAAUAAAUGGAGACGAACGCCAGGAAUUGGUCUCAGCUCUACUACUCGUCUCACAAAACGAGGUUCCUCGCAGACCGGUGGCUCCGGUGACGAUUCAACAACCCAGGACGAAAGUAUGGAUGGCGAAGAAGCUGCGAAUUAAAGUGGCCAUGGAUCUUCCUUUUUAACAAUAUAAUACAAUAUACUGUUAUUAUGUCGUAACGCAUAAUGCAUACAGACCAUCUGCAGAAAUGAAAGUAACGGUCUUAAAAAGAUAUAUGAAGAUGAUACUAGAGUUAAGCGAACCAUUGGAUGAUUCGUCGAUUAGCCAUUUUUCAACGGUAGAAAAGAUAUACAAAUAAUAAAAUGGUAUGCCAUCUCCGAGCUGAUGUUAAAUUAAUUUUUUUAAUUUUUUUUUUUUUUUUUCAACCACUAAUACAGUCAUAGAUAUGCGAAAGAGAGUAAAGAGGGUAGAUACAUAGGUAGAGAUAGAGUUCAAUACAAGGCUUCAAUCUGAGUUGCCAUUG